AUGGAGUUUCUUGAAUAUAAUGAUGUUUCUGCUGAAAUAAAAGGAACUAUGGUUCCUGGUCGGCUAAAAAUGACUGAUCAAAAUAUCAUUUUCAAAAAUAGUAAAACCGGCAAAGUUGAACAGAUUUCAGCCAGUGAUAUAGAUUUAGUAAACUUUCAGAAGUUCAUCGGUUCUUGGGGUCUAAGAAUCUUUCUAAAAAAUGGCACCUUGCACAGAUAUGGUGGAUUUAAAGAAGGGGAACAGGAAAAAGUCGCAAAAUUCUUCAAGUCAAAUUACAACAAAGACAUGUUAGAGAAAGAGUUAUCUCUCAAGGGGUGGAAUUGGGGCACGGCUAAAUUUAAUGGCGCAGUGCUUAGCUUCAAUGUUGGUUCUAACACUGCUUUUGAAAUUCCAUUGCAUUAUGUAUCACAAUGCAAUACUGGGAAGAAUGAAGUGACACUUGAAUUUCAUCAGAAUGAUGAUACUCCAGUGUCUUUGAUGGAGAUGCGCUUUCACAUUCCAACUAAUGAGUUGGCAGGUGACAUGGAUGCUGUUGAAGCCUUCCACCAACAAGUCAUGAAUAAGGCCAGUGUAAUAUCUGUGUCUGGAGAUGCAAUUGCUAUCUUCAGGGAAUUACAGUGCCUCACACCUCGUGGUCGCUAUGAUAUCAAGGUGUUCCAGACAUUCUUUCAGCUUCAUGGUAAAACAUUUGAUUAUAAAAUCCCCAUGUCAACAGUAUUGAGAUUAUUUUUGCUGCCACACAAAGAUACAAGGCAGAUGUUUUUUGUGGUGUCAUUAGACCCACCAAUCAAACAAGGUCAAACUAGGUACCAUUACCUGGUACUUUUGUUUGGGAUUGAAGAAGAGACAAGCUUAGAAUUACCAUUUACUGAAGAAGAAUUAAAAGAGAAAUACGAAGGUAAAAUAAGCAAAGAACUGUCUGGGCCCACUUAUGAAGUGCUAGCAAAAAUUAUGAAGGUUAUUAUUAAUAGGAGAGUAACUGGACCAGGAGACUUUUUAGGGCAUCACAAGACUCCAGCUAUUGCAUGUUCCUACAAGGCUGCUGCAGGGUAUCUGUAUCCUCUAGAAAAGGGUUUCAUUUAUGUCCACAAGCCACCAGUACACAUACGAUUUGAAGAGAUAGCUUCUGUCAACUUCGCCAGAGGUGGUGCUUCUUCUACAAAAUCUUUUGACUUUGAGAUAGAAUUAAAGUCUGGCAGUAUCCACACAUUCAGCAGCAUUGAAAAAGGGGAAUAUGAUAAAUUGUUUGAUUAUAUCACUUCAAAGAAAUUGCAUGUUAAAAAUACUGGAAAGAAUGACAAGGCGCUGUACGACGACGACUUCGGAGACUCGGACACAGAGAAGGAGCCAGAUGCGUACUUGGAGCGCGUGAAGGCGGAGGCAAAGGAGCGGGACUCCGGGGACUCCGACGGCAGCGACGAGAGCACCGACGAGGAUUUCAACCCCGACAAGGCUAACCAGAGCGACGUAGCGGAGGAAUAUGAUACCAAUCCAUCAUCAUCGGAAGAAUCCGAUGCAUCAGCUGCUUCAAAUGACAACAAAAAGGAGAAGAAGAAGGAAAAAAAACCUAAAAAGACUAUAACAAUCUCUGAAGCACCACGUAAGAGAAAAGAGAAAUCUAAGAAACGUGAAAAGGACGCGAACGCACCGAAACGUCCAGCGACAGCAUUCAUGUUAUGGCUGAAUGAGAACCGAAAGAAAAUCAUUGAAGACAAUCCAGGCCUCAAAGUAACUGAGAUUGCUAAGAAGGGCGGUGAACUAUGGCGGGAUCUUAAAGAUAAAUCUGAAUGGGAAGAAAAAGCUAGUAAAGCAAAGGAAGAAUAUAACCAAGCUAUGAAAAAGUAUAAAGAUAGUGGUGCAGCAGAUGAGUUCAAGCAAAAGAAAAAGCAAGCAGAAAAGGACCGUAAAACGGCAGAAAAGAAGAGCAAACCUGCCCCACCAAAGAAAACUAAGAGCAGCAGUGCUCCAAGUGCUGCUCCCGGAAAAUUCACCAGUAAAGAAUACAUUGAAGAUGAUGACAGUUCAUCUGAUUCUGAUAAAGAAAAGGACAACAAAGGAAAGGAAAAGAAAAAAGACAAUAAGGAUAGUAAAGACUCCAAAAAAGAGAAAAAGAGCUCAUCAUCAGAAGCAGAAGCAUCUUCAGGAUCAGAAGAAGAGAGUGGCAGUGGAAGUGGCAGCGAU